AGUUGAUGGAGUUCAUCGCCAUUGCAGACCUUAAAUCCACUGAAUCAGUGAAGUCUGGUUUAUGUGCAGAACAGACAGACGUCUGGAGUCAUGGCUUGCGCAAAACAGUCUGCCAAAGAUUAUAUCAACAAUGCCAGAGUUCACCUUGUUGGAGAAUUAAGGAGUCUCUCAGUAAUUGUUGAGAACUUGUAUCAGCAAGGAGUUCUCACUGAUGAAGAAGUCAGACAAAUAAAGGCAGAGAAAGAUGACUAUGAUAGAACCAGAGCCAUAUUGGACUCAGUAUCUAGAAAAGGAGAAGCAGCCUGCUACAAGUUACUGAGGACUAUUUACCUGACGAGGAGGAGGACCUUAGAGAGACCAGCUCCUCUCUUUAAGAACAUCCAUGAAGCUUCAACUGAGGCUAAAAGGUUUGACCUGCAUCACUGGAUCAGCUGCUUUCCUUUCAAAGAGGACACAGAAAUGGGUCCAAACUAUAUACAGGAACCAAGGUCUUGCCACAGGUAUCAAGCAAAGUUGAAGUCUAAAGCAGAAAAUAUAUCAAAGGUUUUUUGGAGGGGAAGUACAAAUCUUUUUGAAGAAAACAAGAAGCCUGAUCUGUUGUACACUUCACUUGUAUUGGAUAUCCAAGGGAAGAUUUCUCCAACCAAAAGAAAGAUGUGUCGUCACAAAAAAUUAAGGACUUGCCUUCCAAAGCAAAAACCAGAAAUCUCUCCCAGUGACCUGCUAAAAAUAUAUAAAAACAUCCUACUGGUUGGGAAACCUGGAAUUGGAAAGACAGCACUGAGCCAUGAAAUGUUGAGACUGUGGACAGAAAGAGACGACAAGGAGCUGGAUUACAUGUUUUACUUUGACAUGAGGGAAAUGAUCAACAUCCUUCCAACCAUGAGUUUGGAGGAUCUUCUUUUCACUGCAUACAUUGAACCAGAUAAGGGAAAAGAUGAGAUCUUCCAGGAUAUGAAGACCAACUCUGAUAAUGUUACACUCAUUUUAGAUGGAGUCACAGAUCUGUCUGCAUCCGUGGUGAAGAAACUUGUAGAUAAAGAUCUGCUACCUGAUGCAAAAAUCAUCAUUACCUGCAGACCAGCUGAUGAAGAAGACCUCAGUCUUGAAGACUGGCUCAGAGUGGAGGUGAAAGGCUUCAGUGAGGAGACAAUAAGAACAUAUUUGUCUACAACCCUGGGUGAAGAUCACAGGGAGGUUCUGAGCAACGUGGAGCUGUUGACUCUUUCUCAUGUUCCAAUGUAUGCUCUGAUGGUGGCUGCCAGCUGUUCAUCAGAAGACUCUCUGCAGCCCAGAACUGUGACUGAAAUAUACAUCAAUAUUGUUCGGUUCUGUCUCCAGAACAGCAACAAAACCAGCAUCAAGGAUCCCAAUCAGUUCAUCAGAACCAAGAGAAAUGAAAUCCUGUCUCUGGCUGAAGCUGCUUUUAAUGCAACUCAGAGAAAAACUGUGAACCUGGAAGAACUUUCCUGUGAAGACAGCUGCAUCCUUUCCUUCCUGAAACCACUUGUUGUCAAAGUCACCUGUACCAAAAGACCUGUUAAAUAUUCUUUUCUCCAUUACACGAUGCAGGAGUUCUUUGCAGCUCUGUGGCUUUUAAAGAGUCCUGAUAAGAUCAGGGAGGUUUUUCAGCAGUGCUUCACUGAGGAGAUGAAACACAUGAAACAUCUGAUCCCUUUCAUGUGUCAGUUGUUGAACGAGGAGAACCCCAGUUUGAUGAGCUGUCUGAUUCCAACUGAGGAGCUCAAGGAGACAUCUAAAUGGUUCUUCAAGGAGAUGAUCAAAGCAUGUUUUCACACACUGUUCUUAUGCCAGUGCUUGUAUGAGUCCCAGAGCUCUGAAGCCUGUAUUUACUUUCUGGACAAACUGGACUUCUAUCUUGACCUCAGUGGAGAGAAUCUGGACCCUUAUUCUUGCUGUGCUGUGGCCUAUGUGGUCACUCAGUCAAAGGAAAAGAAGAUACGUCUGAACCUUCAGGAUGUGACGGUAUCUGAACAAGGAAUGAGACAGUUCCUUGGAUGCCUUCAAAAUGUUCAAUGUUGUGGUGCCCUCAUGGAGCAGCUGUGGAAGAUUUUCCUCCUCAGUGAAGAACAGAUGGAUCACGCAACCUUACUGGGUCUCAGUGGGAACCUGCUGUACCUUCCAGCUGUGGGUAGAAGAAAGCUGUUUGACAGAGCUGUGAAAUUUAUGCAGAAGAUGACGAAGGUGAACGUCUGCCUCUACGGGGACAGAGAUGGUCCACUGUGUGACACUCUGUGUAAAUCCCUUUUAGACGCUCUGCCGUACAUCAGCUCUCUCAGGAUGACCUACAGAACUGCAGGUUUGUUAAACCAGGAAGAGUGCAACGACACAAUGGAAAAGGGUCAGAAGAACAUGUUCCUGGAUUUAUGCUUAACAGCAGCUCUGAACGGCAAACAAACGUUUCAUAGUGUAAUGAUGGAGCUUGUGUCGAUUAGUCAUAUAAAAACUGACUUAGUGAAUAGUCUUGUUGAUUUGCAUCAACAUGCAAUGAGGAGAGGUUUUUCCGCUGACUUACCAACCCUGAGAUCAGUUUUCCAGUCAGCUCCUGCAGUCUGGACCAUAAAGCUCUCAGAGAGAAAGACCUCCAUCCUCCUGGAAGUGCUGAAACUCCAAUCAGAGAAGAAACAAGUGAAUCUGACAGACUUUUCACAUGAAGAGAAUGAAGUGAGGAGUUUCUUACAGUGUCUGCCUUAUAUCUCACAGCUCAGUUUUGCAACUGAGCCAUCUGCGUCCUCAGAGGACAUUGCGUUCUUGGAAAUGUUGUGCUGUGCUGCGGCUGAAAUGAAACAACAGAAAGGAGUGAAUAUGCUGGGGCUGUUGUUAUCAGUGUGCACAUACAGAGGAAUUCCUCUCAAGUGGAAAUUUGGUGAUUUCCUUUUGGACCUGUACUCUUCUAAGACUGAAACAGACCAGAAUUUCUCAUCAUUCCAGUCGGUCCUUCAGUCAGCUCCGGCAGUCUGGUUCAUAAACCUCUCCAAGAGGAAGACUUCCAUCUUCGUUGAAGUGCUAAAACUCCAAUCAGAUAAGAAACAAAUUAAUCUCACUGGUUGGUCACAUGAAGAGAAUGAAGCAAGGAGUUUCCUACAGUCUCUGCCUUAUAUCUCACAGCUCAGUGUGGUUCCUUUGUGCUCAAACCCGGUUGAGCAAACCAGAUUCUUAACCAAACUUUUCUCUGCCGCAGCAGAGAGAGAAAAACAGACAGGAGAGAAGAUACUGGAGCUGGUAGCAUCAGUCUGCAGCUAUAAACAUUUUCCGUUCAAUGAUAGAUCCAUUGAUGAAACAUACAGGCGUAAUUUCUUGGUGGAUCUGUACUCCCAGGUGAAGUACUGUGAAACUAAAACAGGUCUCAGUCUUCUGCCAUCAUUACAGUCAGUUUUUCAGUCAUCUCCUGUAGUCUGGAACAUUGACCUCUCAGAUAGAAAGGCGUCCAUCCUCCUGGAAGUGCUGAAACUCCAAACAGAAAAGAAAGAAGUGAGGCUGUCAGGUUGGUCACAUGAAGAACGUGAAGUAGGGAGCUUCCUACAGUGUCUGCCUUUUAUAUCCAAGUUCAGAUUUGUUCCUAAGAGUGCAAAACUUCAUGAGGAAACCAGGUUCUUGGUGAAUAUGUUCUGUGCAGCAGCAGAGAGAGAACAGCAGACAGGAGAGAAGAUGCUGGAGAUGUUAGCAUCAGUUUGUAAAUUUAAAAUAAUACCUGUGAGUGACACGGAUAUGCUUGAGCAAUCUCAGAGGGCUUUCCUGCUGGAUCUGUACUCUCAGGUGAUGGCCUGUGAGAGUAAAACAGGUCUAAGUCUGCUUCCUUUGUUAAAGUCAGUUUUCCAGUCAGUUGCUGGAAUUUGGAUCAUAGACCUUUCAGAGAGAAAGACCUCCAUCCUCCUUAAAGAGCUGAAAUUCCAAUCAGAGAAGAGACAAGUGGUAUUAAAAGGCUGCUCACAUGAAGAGAGUGAAGUGAGGAGUUUCCUAAAGUGUCUGCCUUAUAUCUCACAGCUCAGGUUUGAGCCUUGGAUAUCAGAAGCUUCUGAAGAAAUCAGGUUCCUAAGAAGUUUGUUCUGUGCAGCAGCAGAGAGAGAACAACAAAAGGAAGCGAAGAUACUGAACCUGUUGGCAUCAGUUUACAUUUAUAAAGCAUCACCUCUUAAGCAGAAAUGGUCUGAAUUCCUGCUGGAGUUGUACUCUUAUGAACUUAAAGCAGGCUUGAGUUUUCUACCAUCAUUACAGAGAGAGACCACCAUCCUCCUGAAGGUCCUGAAACUCCAAUCAUGCAGGACACAAUGGCCCAGUGAUUUUCUUCAGAGCUCAGAUCUUGAUAAACAAAUCAGGUUCUUAGUGAAUCUGUUCUGUGCAGCAGCGGAGAGAGACCAGCAGACAGGAGAGAAGAUCCUGGAGAUGUUAGCAUCAGUCUGUAGAUAUGAAACAUUCCCUUUUAAAGACGGUGGUAAAUAUCAGAUGGAUUUCCUGCUGGAUCUGUACUCCCAGAUGAAGGACCGUGAGACCAAAACAGGUCUGAGUCUCCUUCCAUCAUUACAGUCAGUUUUCCAGUCAGCUCCUGAAGUCUGGACCAUAAAGCUCUCAGAGAGAAAGACCUCCAUCCUCCUGGAAGUGUUGAAACUCCAAUCAGAGAAGAAACCAGUGAAGCUGAUGGUCUGGUCACAUGAAGAGAGUGAAGUGAGGAGUUUCCUACAGUUUCUGCCUUAUAUCUCAGAGCUCAGCUACAGUUUUGAUGACUGGGAUGACGGGAGUUAUGAUCCUGAUGGACUAACCAGGUUCUUCGUGAAUCUGUUAUCUGCGGCAGCAGAGAGAGAACAGCAGACAGGAGAGAAGAUGUUGGAGCUGUUAGCAUCAGUCUGCACAUAUAAAGGUUUCCCUUUUAAUGACAGCGACUCUGAUGAUAAAGAUCAGAGUGACUUCCUGCUGGAUAUGUACUCCCAGAUGAAGGACUGUGAGACUAAAACAGGUCUGAGUCUCCUUCCAUCAUUACAGUCAGUUUUCCAGUCAGCUCCUGCAGUCUGGACCAUAGACCUCUCAGAGAGAAAAACCUCCAUCCUCCUGGAAGUGCUGAAACUCCAAUCAGAGAAGAAACCAGUGAAGCUGAUGGUCUGGUCACAUGAAGAGAGGGAAGUGAGGAGUUUCCUGCAGUGUCUGCCUUAUAUCUCACAGCUCAGCUUGGAUGACUGGGAAGAGCAGAGUUGUGAUCCUGAUGAACAAACCAGGUUCUUAGUGAAUCUGUUCUGUGCAGCAACAGAGAGAGAGAAGCAGACUGGAGAGAACAUGCUACAGCUGUUAAUACCAAUCUGCAGAUUUGAAACAUUUAGUUUUCAACAGAAAGAAAUCGAUGAUGAUGAUGAUGUGUCCAUCAAAUAUCGCCUUGACUUCCUACUGGAUCUGUACUCCCAGGUGAGCGACUGUGAGACUAAAACAGGUCUGAGUCUCCUUCCAUCAUUACAGUCAGUUUUCCAGUCAGCUCCUGCAGUCUGGACCAUAAAGCUCUCAGAGAGAAAGACCUCCAUCCACCUGGAAGUGCUGAAAUUCCAAUCAGAGAAGAAACCAGUGAAGCUGAUGGACUGCUCACAUGAAGAGAGUGAAGUGAGGAGUUUCCUACAGUGUCUACCUUAUAUCUCACAGCUCGGGUUUGUUCCAGAGAGCUCAGGUCUUCAUAAACAAAUCAGGUUCUUUGUGAACCUGUUCUGUGCAGCAGCAGAGAGAGACCAGCAGACAGGAGCGAAGAUGCUGGAGAUGUUAGCAUCAGUCUGUAGAUAUCAAACAUUCCCUUUAGAUUAUUGUGGUGAAUAUCAGAGUGACUUCCUGCUGGAUCUGUACUCUCAGAUGAAGGACUGUGAGACUAAAACAGGUCUGAGUCUCCUUCCAUCAUUACAGUCAGUUUUCCAGUCAGCUCCUGCAGUCUGGAUCAUAGACCUCUCAGAGAGAAAGACCUCCAUCCUCCUGGAAGUGCUGAAACUCCAAUCAGAGAAGAAACCAGUGAAGCUGAUGGUCUGGUCACAUGAAGAGAGUGAAGUGAGGAGUUUCCUACAGUGUCUGCCUUAUAUCUCACAGCUCAGUUUUUUGUCUCAGGCAUCAAAUUGUUCAAAACAAACCAGGUUCUUAGUGACUCUGUUCUGUGCAGCAGCAGAGCGAGACCAGCAGACAGGAGCGAAGAUGCUGGAGAUGUUAGCAUCAGUCUGUAGAUUUUCGAGAUCCUUUUUAUUUGACAUAUCCAAGGCAGAUCGACAUCGGAGUGACUUCCUGCUGGAUCUGUACUCCCAGAUGAAGGACUGUGAGACUAAAACUGGUCUGAGUCUCCUUCCAUCAUUACAGUCAGUUUUCCAGUCAGCUCCUGAAGUCUGGACCAUAAAGCUCUCAGAGAAAAAGACCUCCAUCCUCCUGGAAGUGCUGAAACUCCAAUCAGAGAAGAAACCAGUGAAGCUGAUGGUCUGCUCACAUGAAGAGAGUGAAGUGAGGAGUUUCCUACAGUGUCUACCUUAUAUCUCACAGCUCAGGUUUUAUCGUUGGAGGUCAGAUCUUCAUGAACUAACCAGGUUCUUAGUGAAUCUGUUCUGUGCAGCAGCAGAAAGAGACCAGCAGACAGGAGAGAAGAUGCUGGAGAUGUUAGCAUCAGUCUGUAGAUAUAAAACAUUCCCUUUAGAGGAACAAUACAUGGAUGAUAAAUAUCAGAGUGACUUCCUGCUGGAUCUGUUCUCCCAGAUGAAGGACUGUGAGACUAAAACAGGUCUGAGUCUCCUUCCAUCAUUACAGUCAGUUUUCCAGUCAGCUCCUGCAGUCUGGAUCAUAAAGUUCUCAGAGAGAAAGACCUCCAUCCUCCUGGAAGUGUUGAAACUCCAAUCAGAGAAGAAACCAGUGAAGCUGAUGGACUGGUCACAUGAAGAGAGUGAAGUGAGGAGUUUCCUACAGUGUCUACCUUAUAUCUCACAGCUCAGUUGUGAUCCAGGGUUCUUCCAGAGUGUUUGUUCGUCACUAUCAGUGAAAUCCAGAGAGGAGGUCCAGCAGCUGAUGUCUCUGCUGCAGCUCCUGAACUUCAACCUGCUGCUAACAGGAGAGUUGAACUGGGAAAACUGCAGCUCUGUGGGCAGAGUUCUCCAACUGUGUGGAUCUAAAGUGGAUCUGAUCCUCACCGCCAGCAAGAUGUCUGUUAGAGGAGCCUCCAUCCUCUUUAGAUCUACAACACAGCUCCACAGUCUGAGACUUUCCAACAACGUGGCCUUGUUCUUGUCUCAGUGGGCAAGAAGAAGCAGAGUGUCCUGUCCUCUGGUUGUUGAAGAGCUUUCUGUGGUGUCCACCAAAGCUCCACCAUCACAGAGAGUCUUGUUGAAGGUUGGCAGCAGUUUGGCGUCUCUGCUGAGGUUCUGGACAGUUGGACGGUUAGACCUGACUGAGUCCGGCCUCCCUGCUCAGAGUCUCCUCAGUCUGCUGCUUCAUGAUGCUCCUCUCACAGUCAGACUGAGUGAAGAGAGUCUCCAGCAGCUUCUGGUCCUCCUCCAUGAGGUCCAGGAUCAGGACCUGACGUUGUCCUUCUUGAAUAAGUUUGGUGGAGACCUGAGCUCCUGCCAGUUGAACUGGGAGCUUCUUCACUAUCUGCUGCAGCAGCCGUCAGCUCAGACCAUCACUGUGAACCUGAAGAAGAACCGCUUCUUACAGGAGAGAGCUACACAGCUGCUGCCCUUUCUGCACAGGAUGGUGCUUCAGAGGCCCAGUCCCAGCUUUGUGAGGACUUCCAUCAGAGAGAUCUACAGAGGUCACAGCAGUCACAUGAUACUCUGUCUGCUGAGGUCAUUGGAUCAUGUGAUCAACCUGAGCUGCACAGAGAUGGACUCAGAAGACUGUGCUGCUCUGAUCUUCAUCCUCAGACACAGUGAUGGAGUUAGACUGAAGCUGCUGUGGAGCUCCAUCCCAGCAGAGGGAAUACAGUCCAUCCUCCGUAUGCUGCACACAGUUUCUGAUCUCAGUGUGGACAGGAACCAGCUGCUGAGCUUCAUCCACUGCUGCGCUGCCUCUGACAGCCAGCAGGAGGCAGCAUCAUCCCUGCUGAGGACUCUGCAGCACAGCUUGGACCUGUCCUGCUCCUCCUUCGUGGAGCUACCAGAGGAGGACCAGGCUGAUCCUCUGAGAGUGACGGCUGCUGACUGCAGGGCCGUCUCCACCAUCCUGAGACACAGCAGCAGGGACACACAGCUCCACCUGAGAGACUGUGAGGUGGAGGACAGCGGGCUGGACCUGCUGUUUCCGGUCCUGGACAGGGUCCGUUUCAGAGUCAGUAAGACGGUUCUGGUCCAGCUGCUGACCCUGCUUGCUGUGGACAGCGAGACGGACACAGUGAGACGGGCCGUGUCUCUGUUUAGAGCCCUGGGAGAAGAACUGGAUCUGAGUCACAUCACACUGGAUCAGAGGCUCUGUGGAGCUCUGGUUCUGAUGCUGGACAACUCUGAAGGUCUAACAGAACUGGACCUCAGUCACUGCCAGCUGACGGACCAGCUGCUGCUCCAACUCAUCACACAUCUGCACAAAGUCCAAGUCCUGGAUCUGAGUCACAAUAAGAUCACUGAUGCUUCCACUGAUCAGCUACUCCACCUGGUCUCCAUCAACCCCUCCAUUGGUUCUGUGAGACUCUCCAACAACAACAUCCUCAACAGAACUCCUUAUAAGGUCAACAGGAAGUUUGAGAUCUGGUGAAGCAGCUGUCAGCAGCUGGUCAUGUGACCAACAGGAAGUCCCUGUCUCCUGGUCUCAUCAAAGACUGUCUCCUCAGGGUCAUCAGAUGGACAUAUUGGCUGCUAACACUGUGAAGUGGUCAGCAGUGGUCAGAUCUGUUCUUCUUCUGGUUUCCAUGAUUCAGUCCAGACGUCUCAGAGGAACCAUGCAGGAACUGAACACUAUGAAGGAAAACCAGUUUGGUAGUUUGAGAUGGGAAACAUGGGAAUCAAUUUCCUGUCAUUUUCUUGCCAUUUUCUCCGGUGCUUCUUCCUUUUGUUUAGAUUAAGAUGUUUUGAAAUGUUCCUCAAAUAACGUAAAUUGCAGAGAAACUUUAGCUACUAUCACAUCCAUUAGAGGCUUUGUUGAAACCAAUUUAACCAGUUCAAAGCUGGAUGUUCCACAAACACAUUGAUCUUAGAGCAGUUUUCUGUCGCGUCCAUCAUUUUAUCUGGAGAAAAGAUCUGCUUUGGAUUUGUUUUUGUCUCAAAUGUUUUGUGAAGACACAAGUGAGGAUGUUUUUAUUUAACGUUUACAGGUGGUCCUAAAUGUCUAGAUGAGGUUUUACAUCAGGUAGUCAUUUGUUUUAUUUUUUUUGUUACAGUUUGUCAUGAAUAGAAACAUCAUGUUAAUAUAAAGAUGUUUUCAGCACUGCAACUACGUUUCAAAUUAGCAAACUGUCCAAAUCACAGUUAGGUCAAAGGCAAAAAUUUAUUAAAGUUUAAAUAAAAGAAUAAAAUGUAAGAAACUA